AUGGACCGAAACAACCGCACCAAAUCCACACGAUGGCUGGCCAUCGUUACACUCUUCACCAUGCAAAUACUCAGCGCAAAAGCCGACGUAGUAACUGUCUGGACUACGGUGAAAGUGCCCGCGCCAACACCAACAGCACCUUUAUCACCAUCCUACACCUCCCUCGACGAGUUCAAGGACGAUAUGUUGAAAGUCACAAACGAAUACCGCGCCAAUCACGAUGCCAAUCCACUACAAUGGAACAACACUCUAGCUGAUUACUCGCGGGAGUGGGCAGAAGCCUGUAUCUGGAAACACUCGAAAAGUAGCUACGGCGAGAACCUCGCAUACGGAUACCAGAAUGUCUCUGCUGCUGUCAUCGCCUGGGGCGAUGAGGGCGAUAUGUAUAACUUCGGCAAGCCGACAGGCUUCACCGAGGAAACGGGACAUUUCACUCAGUUGGUCUGGAAGGCGACCACACAGGUUGGGUGUGCUGCUGUCAACUGCGGGUAUACGAAGAAUUCCAAAAGAGAUAACGGGAUCGAAGUGGGAGAGGAUGCCUUCGAAGAAGAUACACUGGAAGAGGAUGUUUUCGAGGGGGUGUUGAUGGCGCCCCGUUUCAGCAUGGAUGAAUCCGGACAAGAUGGGCUGGAAGGGUUGAAGGUUGCGCGAGGCGAGCCACGGGCUCAAGGGUGGUAUGUUGUUUGCGAGUAUACACCUCCUGGAAAUGUUGUGGGCCAGCAUGAUUCCUACUUCAGGAAGAACGUAUUGCCAAAGAAGGCGCCUGCCGUUGACGACUCCUCGUCUACAACCAAGUCUUCUGAGUCUUCUUCCACGUCUACGGCAGAACCGUCGCCGAAUGCUGCAACAUCUACUACCACCGGGAGUCAGAGUCAGCCCACAGGAGGUGCUAUGAGGUUUGCCCUGGACUCGACAUUGGGGAUGAUGCUGGUAGCAUUGGGAGCGGUGGGCAUUGGGAUGGGGCUGUACACUUGA